AGCUGGAAAGUAGUACCUGGUACCUUCGCUGGUUAUCAAGUACAUCUCUUCCAAUCUCAAAUUCAACACCUUCAUUUUUUUUUUUUGUUUUGCUCUUCUCCCUCCCGUUACGCCAAAUCAUUCUACAUUCUUCGUCUUCCUCUCAAAUCUCAUCGCUACUCUCAUUGUCAACCGCCUUGUUGCGACUUGUUCUACGGAUCCGGGAUCCUGCAGAGGCAUUCGUGUGUUCGAUGAAAAGCUACACAUCCCUGUAUAUGAUUAGAGAAGUUUUCUUAAUCGAUAUUACUGUCUCGGAAAGUUUUCCAUUUACAUUUUGAGAUAUUGAUUUUCAAUAUCCAAAUUUAUGGUCUGAGCCUGUGUUGAGAUAUUGAGAUCAAACCUGAUCACAAUACUAUUCAGUUUUUAUCAAGUGACUCCACCAGAGGCAAUGCCAGCAUGCCUGCCAUGAAGAAGAAUUCUGAGCAGAGUCGGUUAGGUCUUGUAUUCAACAAGUUGAUGAAUGAGAUGGGAGAUCCUGUUGAUUUUGAACUUCCAGAUUGGUUUAGUAAGUGGAAGGCAGUGCCAUACGUCUCUAUAAAGCGCAAUAUAUAUGUUGCAAAGAAGGUAAAGAGAAGACUUGAUGAUGAUGGCAUAUUCUGUUCCUGUACUCCCUCCCCUGGGUCUUCUAGUGUUUGUGGUAAAUAUUGCCAUUGUGGGAUGCUUAUGUCUAGCUGCUCUUCAGGCUGUAAAUGUGGGAGUUCUUGUCUCAAUAAACCAUUUCAGAAUCGGCCUACAAAAAAGAUGAAAUUGGUUCAGACCGAGAAAUGUGGCUCUGGAAUUGUGGCGGAUGAAGAUAUCAAGCAAGGGGACUUUGUCAUUGAAUAUGUUGGAGAAGUCAUUGAUGACAAAACAUGUGAACAAAGGCUUUGGAAUAUGAAACAUCGGGGGGAGACAAACUUCUACUUGUGUGAAAUUAACCGAGAUAUGGUGAUCGAUGCAACAUAUAAGGGGAACAAAUCAAGAUAUAUAAAUCAUAGUUGCUGCCCCAAUACGGAGAUGCAGAAAUGGAUAAUUGAUGGCGAAACAAGAAUUGGCAUAUUUGCAACACGUGACAUAAGGAAGGGCGAGCAUCUUACUUAUGAUUAUCAGUUUGUUCAAUUUGGUGCAGAUCAAGAUUGCCACUGUGGUGCUGCUGAGUGCAGGCGUAAGUUGGGGGUCCGACCUACAAAGCCUAAGACAUUGUCAGAUGCUGCACUAAAAUUAGUCGCAUAUCAGGUUUAUCAGAAUGGAGGCUUGCAUAUUGGACAUUCUCAUGCUAUCGGUGUACCAAAGAACUCACACAAUUGCAUUGGAGAAAUUAUUAGGAUAAAUCACCCCACGGAUGAGAGGUGUUUUGGGAUUAUAAAGCGGUUCGAUAAAUAUUCCAAAAAACACACUAUUAUGUUUGAAGAUGGUGAUGUUGAAUUUAUCGACUUGUCAGAAGUAGAUUGGGAACUUGUGAGAUUAUGAUGCAAUUGUAGGGCUUUUGCAUGGCCCACACUAUAGUGUGCUGGAAAUAACAAUUCAUCAGCAAAUCCGGGUUGCAUGGCUAGCACAACGCCUCAUCUUGCACCUUCGUCUGGGUUUGGGCAAUUGUUGUAUCAAAUGUAUUCUACCUUUCUUUUGUUUUUGUUCCUUUGCCAAAUUCAGUUUUCUUUCUUCCCAUUUUUUAUACUCAAAUGAUUUAGGAGUCAGAGAUCAGUUAGUUGAAUCAGUUAGUUGAUCAAGUGAAAAGAAUACUGUAUCAUUAUGAAUUCUUGUAACCUGAGGAUUAUGAUUGGGUUCAAUAAGAAAGGCAUCCUGAUGUGUUGUAAGGAUUUUCUUGGUGAUAAACUAUGGCUUAUUGCUUAUUCAAA